AUGGCGCAGAGUCCUGUAGUUAUCGUCACUGGCGGGGUGGCUGGUAUCGGUGCGGCCAUCGUCGACAGACUCCUCAGAGAAAAUGCUAGAAUUGUGGUGAUUGAUCUAGUGGAAGAACCGUUGAAGCAACGACAGGCAACGGUUGGAGGCGACAGGUUUCAGUACGUCGUCGGAGAUGUGAGUAACGACGAAAUCAACUCCAAGGCGGUCGAUAUCGCAAUCGCGACUUGGGGAGUUAUCGACGCAGUCGCUCUCAAUGCUGGGAUCAUGUCGCAUAUCCGUUGGAUAGGUGACAUGAGAUCGACAGAUGUGACAAGGAUUUUCAACAUCAAUGUUGUGGCUCAUAUCUCAAUGCUUUCCGCAGCGAUUCCACACCUGAAGAAAUCGAAAGGGAGGGACAUAUUCACUUCGUCAGAUGCGGGCGAGCAGCUGCGAUGGAAGGCGUGGGGCGCCUACGGAGCGUCGAAAGUAGCAGUCAACUUUUUCGUUCAGGCGCUGACUCUAGAGGAGCCAGACAUUACAGCUAUCGCCUUGUAUCCAGAAAUCGUGAAUACGCCCUUGGUCAACAAAAUUAUCAAAGGAGAAUUCCCGGGCAUGACUGCCGAUGAGUUGCAAGAAUAUAUAGGGUACUUGAGGCCUAAGCUAGUAGAGCCUCACCAACCAGGGUCGGUGAUAGCAAAGCUUGCUCUGACAGCUUCGAACGAUCUCAGAGGUGCAAUCGCUUUCUGGAACGACGACAGGUUUUCCUGA